AAUUGGCUUAGUUUUUCAUUAUAAAUAAGAGUAUGGUGAUGGAAAGGAGCAUAAGAAUUUUUACCGUUAGACCGACAAAUCUUCCAGUAAGGAGGAUAUCUACAGCACCUGCUACUGUUAGAAAACCGCCCGUAAGGAUAAGGAGAAAAUUAAUUGAAACCGAGUCUAGUCAAAUUUUUCUAAGUAAAGAGCAAAUUGAAAGCGUUCAAUUCAUAAAACCACUUUGCAGUUUGGACGAAGAAGUUUUACAGCUAUGUCCUAACGCCGCCUUCUUACAAGCCGACAAAAAUUUCAGGCAACUUGAACCACCCUACGAUCCUGAUUUUACUCAAUCAAGAACGUCUUUGGUCUCUAGUUUGAAAAAGCCAAAAAUUGCUGUUGCGGAAUCCACAGCAACAAAAUUACGGAUUCAAACAGUAAAAUCAACUCGUCAAGUACAUACUCCAGCUACUAUUUAA